CAUAAGGUGGAGCAUAACAAUGUAUUAAAGCAACAGCCUGAGACAUGCAGGAACUUUCAGAGAUCUGUUGAAUGUUGUUUGAUUGAAGACAAAGGGAGAGGCGAAAUGCCAUCUGACUGGAAGAUGAGUGCCAUGAGUGCUGCAGCCAUUCCCAAGAAGUUGUUUGCAAGAAAACUGGUGCUUAUAUUCAUAUUGCAGAUGACAAGUGGCCAAUACUUUAAGCAAGCAAAAUCUCCAGUGCUUCCACACAACCCAUUUAUUGUUGUGUGGAAUGCCCCAACAGAACAGUGCAGGCUUAAGUACAAGGUAGAUCUGGACCUCAGUGUUUUUGAUAUAUUUUCAAACUCCAAUGAGACACUCAGUGGGUCAGCCAUUACCAUAUUUUAUCACAAUCAUCUGGGAAAGUACCCUUAUUUCAACAGAAAAAAGAUUCCUAUAAAUGGAGGAAUCCCCCAGAACAAUAGCCUUAAAGAACAUUUGAACAAAGCCAGGGCUGACAUUGAGAAAUUCAUUCCAGUUGAAGACUUCAGUGGUCUUGGGGUGAUUGACUGGGAAGAUUGGAGACCUCUGUGGGUCCGAAACUGGGGUCACAAAAAUAUCUAUCGGAAAAAGUCCAUACAAGCUGUGAGAAAGCUUCAUCCUGACUGGACAGACAAUCAAAUUAAAUUAGAAGCCAGGAGAGAAUAUGAAGAUGCUGGGUGGAAAUUUAUGAAUAAAACACUGGGGUUAGCAGAGAAGAUUAGACCCGAUGGCCUCUGGGGGUUCUAUCUCUUUCCAGACUGCUAUAAUCAUCACUAUAAGAAAGACCCAAAGAAAUAUAAUGGCAAGUGUCCUGCAAUUGAAUAUAAACGUAAUGACAAGUUACUCUGGUUAUGGAAAGAAAGUGGCGCUCUUUAUCCUUCUAUUUACCUGCAACUUGGAUUGAAAUCAAGUCCAAAUGCACUGAAAUUUGUCCAUUACCGACUGAAAGAAGCUAUCAGAUUAGCCUCCAUAGCUAAAAAGGAUUAUGUUCUCCCGGUCUUUGCAUAUGGACGGCCAUUUUAUGCGUAUGCAUUUGAGGCUCUCACUGAGAUUGACUUGGUUCAUACAGUUGGUGAGAGUGCUGCCAUGGGAACGGCAGGAAUCAUUCUUUGGGGCAGCAUUAAUUAUGCAAGAUCAAAGAAUCAUUGUUUAACAGUGAAGCAGUACAUAGAUGGUCUCCUGGGACAUUAUGUUGUUAAUGUGACAUCUGCCACAAAGUUGUGCAGCAAACAUCUUUGCAAGAGACAUGGGAGGUGUGUGAGAAAGAACAUUGACUCCAAAGCCUACCUCCACCUGGACCCAAGCAGUUUCAAAAUCCGAACCAAUCCUGAAGGAGUAUAUCCCAGAUUUUCUGUGAAAGGGAGAAUAAACGCAAGGGACAUCAAAGCCAUGAAACAGAAGUUCACAUGUCAGUGUUACGAAGGUUGGACUGGGAUCUCCUGUGAAGUACCAGUUCUCAACAUUCCUUUAGUGGAUAGAAGUAUCCAGAGCACAAUGUCUGGAACAAAUUCAGCACCACUUUCAUUGGCCAGUAUUGUUGUCUUUCAGCUGGUCAUUAAAACCCUUAAUUUACAAUGUUAGAAGAAGCCUCAUUAUUUUGUAAAUGGUUGAUGUUACAAAGACAUGAUUUUAUCUGAUGUGUGAAAAUGGAUGUGGACAAUGAUUCAAGAAAGGACUUGGCUGGACAGUGAUUUAUUUACUUUCUCAGUAACCAAUAUUACAGUUCCAAAUCAUAUUAUUCCUGAUUAUUUCAGGAACAGCUGGAAAACUCCGUCCAAUGAGAAAGAAAAUUUAGGAGAAUGAAUUUUUCACAUUUGUUUUUGCAAAUAUGUUUUCUUCCUUCAUUAGUUCUCCACACACCAUGUUCUGCUAGAAGUGGACAGAUGCCAUGUUUCUUGGUCACUGCUACUCCAAGCCUAAUAAUUCAAGAUAGUUUGAUGUUAAUAAUGUGACUGGGACAACCAUAGUGGCUCAAGUGAUUCAAACAGCGAACAACUGGCCAUACUAGAAUCUAAGGCUCAGUCCCCACUAUUGGGCAAGUUGACUGAUCAUAGUCAAGACAAUGGUUGGAAUACUAUAAUUGGCCUCAGGGCCCUGAUUUAGGAGGGGAGUGAGGGGAUGACUGACGUGGCACCUGAUGGAUCCUAUAGCUCUGCUGGAGAUGCAUAUGUUUGGAUGUUGGGUUAUGAUACUGCUUGGUUUCACACAUGGUAAAGUAACUUGCCAACAUUCACUGUCUUGGCUUGCAAUUGAAUGAUUCUCACUUGGGUGAGGAACUGGAGUGCAAUUAACACCUAUGGAAUAGUGUCCAACAAAGAAUCAACAUGUUCAGGAAGGGAGGGAAGAAAAUUCCAAAAAAUUAAAAUGUUUUCAAAAAAUGUGUAAAACAUUUCACAAAUUGCCAUGAACAUUGGAGGUGCCAGAAUGUAGAAUAAAGUAUUCUUUCAAAUUGCAAAUAUACUUAGCCACAGAAAAUAGUUGGGAUGAUUUGUUAACAUAUUCUAUUUUUUUUUGUUAUUGCCUGUGUAACUUAAAGCACAGGUACUCCUUCAUUGCUGUUGGAGCAAAAAACACUAAUAUUUCAAUUCUAAUCAUGUAUAGUGAAAGCUUGAAAAUAAAAAGAUUCAAUUAAUUCAUGCAAAA